UGUUUUUUAAUUGUUCUAUUGAAUUUUUUGUCACUUCAAAUAAAGGGCAUAUAUGGGUGUGACUGUGCACUGGCUUGACCCAAUAAACCUCGAAAGGUGCAGUAAAGCUCUUGCAUGUAKACGUAUGUUUGGCAGACAUACAUUUGAAAACAUAGCUGAACUCCUGGAUAAAAUUCUAAAUGAAUUCAAUUUGCAAAACAAGACCACACUUAUCGUCACUGAUAAUGCUGCUAAUUUUGUGAAAGCCUUUAAAAUUUUUAAUGGAAAUGAUGAUAACGAUUUGAAUGUAAAUGAAGAAGAAAUUGUCACAAGCAUUGAAAUUUCUGAUGUAUUAGAUGUUGACAUGAACAUGAAUAGUUUGGAAAAUUUGACUCUACCUCCACACCAACGAUGUGCUGCUCAUACUCUUAAUCUUGUUGCUACAGUAGAUAGUGUAGAAGCUCUGAAUGAUGCAAYUUAUAAAUGAAUUAGUAGACGUGUUUUUUCCAAGUGUCAAGCGUUGUUUAAUAAACAGAACCAGUCCACACAAUGCGCAGAUCAAAUACKMGUAAAAGAGAUUCUUGGUCGUUAUCUUAUUGUUCCUAACGCAACUAGGUGGAACUCAUUCUAUGAUGCAAUGAAUGUUAUAACUGAUAAUCAUGAUAAUCUUAAUGAAAUUUGUGUCAAAUUACAGUUGCCUAUUUUUUCACAUACUCAAGAAGUUGGAUUUUUAAUUGAAUACUG